AUGGCGGCUUGUCGUCGAGUUCGAAGCCUUGAAGAUUUGAACGAAAACAACAAUGAUGAGGGUUGCACGUUUGAACAAUUUAAUCGAACGCAUCCUUCCAUCUUUGAUGGAAGAGGAGAUACGAACGCAACGGAGGAUUGGAUACAAGACAUUAAAGAAAUAUUCAAUGUUUUGGAGUGUACCGAUCAGCAAAAGUUUCUGUUCACAGCUUUUAAACUAACUGGAGAAGCGAAGAGAUCGUGGAAUUUUGAAAAAGUCAUCAGGGAAGCUGAGGGGACUGGAGUGAUUGUUUGGGCUCAAUUCAAGCAGAAUUUCUUUGACCGAUUUUUCCCCAAAGCGGAUAGAAAAGCUAGAGCUCGAGAGUUCACCAACUUGGUGCAAGGGACCAUGACUGUGCGCCAGUAUGCUGCAAGGUUUGCGGAAUUAUCACGCUUCGCCACAUACCUGAUUCUUGAUGAGGAGAGGAAGACCAGGAAGUUGGAUGAAUGUGUGGAUUGUGAUGGGGCAUAUUUUCUGUGUUGCUUGAACUGGAAGACAUCUAGGAAAUAUGUAAAGUUGCAGAAAUUAUUGGAUCAGGCGUGA